UCCUAAUUCUUUCUAUUUAUUUUUUUUCCAAUUAUUUUACAAGAAUUUUUUUUAAAAAUCUGCUAUGUAUUAUUUUCUUCUGCAUUUCCUUUUAAUUUUCUUUUUGCAGCUUUUACUGUAGUUUGGGAUUGUCGGUUAAGCUGUGAAGGAGUGAGUUUUAUGUUUUCUUUUUUCAUUUUUUUACUCAUUAGGGUUUUAGCAAUCUGAAUUUUGGUUUAUAUAUAGUCUAGUGUUUUUUUUGCUUCUAGUUCUUCACUGACUGCAGAUUUGUACUGUUACUUGUUUUUAAUUUGUGUAUUUCCUGUAAAUUUUUUGAGAUAGUAGUAGCUUUUUUAGUGCUAGUAUUUGUGCUUUAGGUUUAUUUAUUUUUUUAAAUUAGGAAUAUUAUUUUCUUAUGGCAUUAAGUAGCUUAAACUGACCAUGUUACAGUUUCUUCUAUGCUGGAGCCAGAUGAUAUUUGAUUUAAGAGGCAAGGUCUAUCAUAGAUUAUCCUGUCCAGCUUCCUAGAUUUCAUGUCUGGUAACUGUUGUCUUUUAUUGUAGCUGCUGUAUGGUAUUAUCAACCAUGAUAACCAUAUGUUACAGAGGAAGCAUUUUGGACCUUGGUGUGUCAGAUGAUUUCUAGUAGCUAUUUUAUGCUUUACCAGUGCUGUUAUGGCCAUCUAUCUGAGGAGAUGUCAAGGAACUUGGCUUUUUUACAUUCUAGUGCUCUAUAUCUUUGUACAAAAAAGUGGAGCAAUUAAUUCUGAUGGUGAGGCACUUCUAAACUUCAAAAAUGCAAUUGUUAGUUCAGAUGGGAUCCUUCCUCUAUGGCGACCUGAGGAUCCUGACCCAUGUAACUGGAGAGGGGUGACAUGUGAUCAGAAAACCAAGAGAGUCAUAUAUUUGAGUCUGAAGAAUCAUAAAUUAAGUGGAUCUAUAUCACCUGACAUUGGGAAACUACAGCACUUGAGGAUUUUAGCUCUAUACAACAAUAACUUUUACGGAACAAUUCCUUCAGAGUUGGGAAAUUGCACGGAGUUGCAGGGACUAUAUUUGCAGGGUAACUACUUAAGUGGACUAAUUCCAAGUGAAUUGGGAAAGUUAUCCGAGCUUCAAUAUUUGGAUAUCUCAAGCAACUCUCUUAGUGGGUCAAUCCCUCCAUCACUUGGGAAGUUAAAUAAACUUAUUACUUUCAAUGUAUCAAACAAUUUCCUUGUGGGACCAAUUCCAUCUGAUGGUGUGCUUUUCAACUUCAGCCAAAGCUCUUUCACUGGGAAUCGUGGUUUAUGUGGGAACCAGAUCAAUAUGAACUGCAAAGAUGAAACUGGAGGACCUUCGUCCAAUUCAGGAUCUCCUACAUCAGCUCAAAAUCAAGGUGGGAAGAAAAAAUACUCAGGUCGACUGCUUAUUAGCGCUUCAGCAACUGUUGGUGCACUGCUUCUGGUUGCUCUUAUGUGUUUCUGGGGUUGCUUCCUUUACAAGAAGUUUGGUAAAAAUGAAAGUAACAGUAUUGCAAUGGAUGUCAGUGGAGGUGCUUCAAUUGUAAUGUUUCAUGGGGACUUGCCAUACUCGUCGAAAGACAUCAUUAAGAAAUUAGAGACCUUAAAUGAGGAACAUAUAAUAGGCUGCGGAGGCUUUGGAACAGUAUACAAGCUUGCAAUGGAUGAUGGCAGUGUCUUUGCUUUGAAACGAAUUGUUAAAUUGAAUGAGGGAUUUGAUCGCUUCUUUGAGAGGGAGCUUGAGAUUCUUGGGAGCAUAAAACAUCGGUACCUGGUGAACUUGCGAGGCUACUGCAAUUCUCCUACAUCAAAAUUAUUAAUUUAUGAUUUCCUUCCUGGUGGUAGUCUUGAUGAGGCACUCCAUGAAAGAUCUGAGCAACUGGACUGGGAUGCACGUCUGAAUAUAAUUAUGGGAGCAGCGAAAGGAUUGGCCUAUUUGCAUCAUGAUUGCGCCCCUAGGAUCAUACACCGAGACAUAAAGUCAAGCAACAUUCUACUUGAUGGCAAUUUGGAGGCUCGUGUAUCGGACUUUGGACUUGCCAAACUGUUAGAGGAUGAAGAAUCACACAUUACAACAAUUGUUGCGGGAACAUUUGGUUAUCUAGCUCCUGAGUACAUGCAGAGUGGUAGAGCAACUGAAAAGACUGAUGUUUAUAGUUUUGGGGUCCUGGUGCUCGAGGUAUUAAGUGGAAAGCGACCUACAGAUGCAGCAUUCAUCGAAAAGGGCCUGAACAUUGUUGGUUGGUUAAACUUUUUGGUUACAGAGAAUAGGCGACGAGAUAUUAUUGAUCCAAACUGUGAGGGGGUGCAGACUGAAAGCCUUGAUGCCCUGCUUUCAGUUGCCACCCAAUGUGUAUCUUCAAGCCCAGAGGAUCGACCCACCAUGCACAGGGUUGUUCAGUUACUUGAAUCUGAAGUGAUGACCCCAUGCCCAAGCGACUUUUAUGAUUCCAGCUCUGAUUGAAGCCAUGCGGUGGCAAUGAUGCAUGUUAAAAUUUGCAGCCAUGACUCUGCAGCAUACAUUGAACAAAGAAUGUCUUGAGCAAUGAAAGGGGCUUAGAAUCUGCAGCAGUUUUGCAUCUUGAUUUUAUUCGUUCAUUCUUUCUGCAGAUUGAUGACAACUUGAAGACACUUUCAGACAUUUAUGUGAGCAAUUGAUUAGUUCUCAACUGGAGUUUUGCUGCGUUAGAAUCUGCUCAUUUUGCAUGGUUGUACGGAGCUAUUCAACACGUGAUUGGAGUUCCCAUUUGUGGGUGGGGUCAUUUAUUCAUCCAGUCAUUUUUUUUUUUGUUUCCAUCAUUUUGUUGUAAUUUGCCAUCGCAUUUGUCCGCUGAAAUUAAUUGUAUAUGCAAUCUGUAUAAAUUGAGUCUCAUCUUUCCAAAGGAUUCUUGUUACUACCAUUUUUGUAAAUUAUGUUGAUUACAAUAAUCAGCGUCUUCAAUGGUUACUAUGAGCGGGGGCCUCCAUUAUCGUCUUA